AGUUAAUUAUACAAAAUAAUAGGGCUUGUAAUGCUGUAAUUGUCAUUUCAGGUGCCCUUCUUUUCACACUUUCUUGCUCCUUUUUCUGUCACUCUCGAGUCUCGACUAGAACAAAGUAGUUCUCACGGGUCAGUGAGGGGACGUUUGACUAUCUCGGCCUAUUUAUGCGUUCUUUGUAAACAGAGGAGCAUUUUGUGUUGAAGAAAUAAAGCAAAAGCUAUUUGAAGACGAAGAGGAGAGGAUGUUUUCCAUCUCCACGAAAUGUGUUUUUUUUGUUUCUUGCUCGGAGUUUUUCUAUUGAACUAACCGCCCUGGUGCACACUCAUCGUGAGGUAGUUUGAGUUCAACCAUCCGCCAGCCAGCGGCACGUAGCUCAGAUGCCGCAAAGUAAGGAUACAUGAUGUAUUUGUUUUAGUACUGUUUUUUUAAUUGUUAAUUGCAGACACGUGACGUCUUUGCUGCAUGUUCCAAACUGUGCGAUGCUCCGGCUUCAUUGAGAAGCUGAAAUAGUUUCCUGUGGUCGUCUCUGCACUACAAGUUCCUGAGCUGUGGUUACACACUGCUGUCUACAGUCAAUGGGGGGUUUCGCCAUUUAGUGUGUUGCUUAAAAAAAAAAAAAUCUUCAGUUUAUUAAGUGGACUUGAAUUUGAGAUUUUUGCAACAUUUUCAGAUCAUUUUUGUUAAUUGUGAACACUGGAAAGAUCUGAAACCUCAUUGAUUUAGUGAUGUUUUUGAGUUUAUCAAUUGGCGAUGUACAGUGAUUGCACCUUGGUUGUCCGAGUCCAUUGCAAUUCAUAUUUAGCUAUUUACCAAUAAUACAUUGUUGUUAUGCUUUUAUGUAUUAUGGCAUGUCACUCCUGAAAGCAAACCAUCUGUGCAUUUUAUUUUAUAUUGAGGUGUUUUAGUUGUGCCCUAGAAAUAUUUAGAAUUAUGAUAAUCAUUCAUUUUAUUUAUCUGUGUCUUUUCAAAGCACUCGAUGACACCUCACAGGCACAGCACAAGCAGCAAUGUAUCAAGGCAUCAUAUAAUACAAUUAAACGGUAUUUACAAUAAUAAAUCGACACAAUAAGUAAAUAAUUGUCACUGCAAAAAGUGAUGUUGGUUUUAGUCAUAAGAGACAGAAUCGGACUCAAUAAGCCAGUUUACGAAGGUGUGAAUACAGCGUCUGAACUUUAAUUCCCACGAAAUUAAUUGUGACGGCUGUGGUUUUGACUCCGACGCACAGGACUGAAACAUUUGUGGGCAAAUGAGGUGCUCGGUGUUGAAAACGUGACAAUGUAAUGCACUGUAAAUGUCUCUUCCGGCAAUACACAGAAGUCCCUACAGCAGUUCCAUGUCUGGCCUUCAGCUCGUCUUCACCUGCUCCGCAGUUUGAAGACACUGGCCCUCUGCAGGGCAGCAGCCUUCAGAGAAACUGAAUCUGGGCUCGGCCGACAACUCGCGUACAGGCUUGAGAGGAAUCCAUCUCCAAAUGUUCAGCGUCGAAGACGCUGAGACUCUGAUUUUGAAGUUAGAUUUGUAAGCAUAUGGAGCAACGCUUGGAACGGAUUGUAUGUCUUUCCGACUGCAUUUCCUACCUUGGACAGCAUGGAUGCUCUUUUUGAAUCGGGUUGAAUAUCGUUCGCCUCAUCCUCUCCUUCCUGUUUCUUCAGAAGGAGGGUGGGGGAUUGAUGUGGCGUCCCCUGCCCCUCCUAGUAGAGUAGGCUAGUCUACCUUGGCACCAUAGCAGUUGCUCUUUUUUCUCUCCAACCAACUCCAUCACUCGAUUCUCUCUUCAUGAAAUCCUGCAAGAGCCUGAGGGAAGAGGUUUCUGUCCCUAGCCUUGGCGGGAUGUCCCAGGAGGAAGGACGCAGGGCUCCGGUGUCCCAGUCCUAUUUCCACUCCGCUAACCCAGAUCUGGACCUGACAGGCAAGCUGUAUAAACGGGAGGUUGGUGGUAAGCCGUAUUCUGUGUUAGUGGACAAUAAAAUGGCAGCCAAGACACCCAUGGGCGAUCAGAACAUUGGUCAGAUGCCCACUCAACAUUUGACGUCACAGCACCAUCAGCAGUAUUUCAGAGAGGGAGGAGUAGGGCAGGAGGUGGGGACGCAUGGGUCCCAGGCUGCCGACGACGGCACCUCUGACGACACUGAAGAUGAAGACGAGGAGGAGGAAGAAGAAGAGGAUGACGACGACGAUGAUGGGGAGGAGCAGGAGGAGGAGACCUUCAAGCGUGAGCAGAUCAUUGUGGAGGUUAACCUGAACAACCAGACACUUCAUGUUUCCAAGGGGGACAACAAAACUGGAACCACAGCGGAUGACUCUGAAAGAGUUGGCAGCGAGGACGAGGAGGAGGAGGAGGAGGAGAAGGACAGCCUUGAUGAAGAAGAUGACGACGACGAAGAGGAGAUUGAGAGUCAAAGAACGAGGUCAAAGAGGGCCCGUCGUGGUGCUAGUAGCACAGCAGCUUCCAGCCAGCCACGGAGGAAGAGCCUCCGAACCGCUCUGAGCACAGCGACAGCUGGAAUGACCACCAGGGGCCGGCGGAAGCGCUUGGAGCCCCCGAAGAGCAAGCGCAGGUCGGCCAGAUCGGCCCCAUCUUCUGGCGGUUCCAUGACGACGGGGGGGAAAGCGGAGGUGGCGGAGAAGGAGAUACUGGCGUGUGAAAAGUGCCCCCGGGUGUUUAACACCCGCUGGUACCUGGAGAAGCACAUGAACGUCACUCACAGGCGAAUGCAGAUUUGCGACAAGUGUGGCAAAAAGUUUGUCCUGGAGAGCGAGCUGGCCUUACACCAACAGACCGACUGCGAGAAGAACAUCCAGUGCGUCUCCUGCAACAAGUCUUUUAAGAAGCUGUGGUCGCUGCACGAGCACAUCAAGAUUGUUCACGGCUAUGCAGAGAAGAAGUUCUCGUGUGAAAUCUGUGAGAAGAAGUUCUACACGAUGGCUCACGUGCGCAAGCACAUGGUUGCUCACACAAAGGACAUGCCCUUUACCUGUGAGACGUGUGGGAAGUCGUUUAAACGCAGCAUGUCUCUAAAAGUUCACUCGCUCCAGCAUUCUGGAGAGAAACCCUUCCGAUGUGAGAACUGUGACGAGCGGUUCCAAUACAAGUACCAGCUGCGCUCCCACAUGAGCAUUCACAUCGGACACAAGCAGUUCAUGUGCCAAUGGUGUGGCAAAGACUUCAACAUGAAGCAGUAUUUUGAUGAGCACAUGAAAACACACACAGGAGAGAAGCCUUUCAUUUGUGAGAUCUGUGGGAAGAGCUUCACCAGCCGGCCCAACAUGAAGCGCCACCGCCGCACCCACACCGGGGAGAAGCCGUACCCCUGCGAGGUGUGCGGCCAGCGCUUCCGCUUCUCCAACAUGCUCAAAGCACACAAGGAGAAGUGUUUCCGGGUCACCAGCCCCGUGGUCCUGCAGACCGGCGGCCCGCCUGUGCCGGUGCGCAUCUUCGCCAACACCUUCUUGUCCUCUUCCUCCGUCUCUGGUCCCAGUCCCUCAGCGGCCCCCGCGGCCACCGCCUCGGCACCCAUGGGCCUCAACCCAACAGGAGGGCCCAUGCCUCCACGGGGCCCUGUGGGACACGCGUUCUCCCACGUACAGCUUCAUUCAAACCCCUCUCACCAUCACCCCCCGACGACCCAGCAACACCUCUCAAACAGCCCCCAACACGCCCACCACCACCUGGCGGUGCCCCCAGUCCCCCAGCUGCCCCCGCCCCCAGCCCUGUUCAAGAGCGAGCCCUUAAACCACUGUGGGCAUGAAGACAGCAGCUACCUGCACCACAUGGCUCCCCCCGACAAGGGCCCCGGGGCCCCACAGCACCACUGAACUGGGCUCCAGCUCAGCGGGCCCACACCGAACCGCCUUGUUCCUCCUCUUCUCGUCGUCUCUCCGGUGCAGCGCCUCUGACCAGAGGGGCGCCGCUCUCAAAGUCAUUUCAAUAAGUAAAGCUACACGUGCUCCCCGGUGUGUGCGAUUCAGACUUCUACACACUCGCGCAUUAUUUAAGUACGACUUGAAUAACCUGGUCAGCUGACGAAGCUUUUUCAACCUCUGAGAAAUAUAUUUCUUGAACAUCUACAUCUACACAGAAGGAUUUGCGUGCGCGUUCUCUCUUUGUACAUUGACGGGCGUAACGUGUCUCCUCAUCAGAAGCUGCUCGCGGGAGUCAGACGUACGUGUUACCUGAGCUCCAUGAGUCAUCAAGGAUCUGUGUCAUGUAACUUGAUGUUGACUUACGGUGGCACAUUGAUCAGGAGCCUCGGUCCCCAUGGCAAUACUCAACCUGUCCUACGAGUUGAACUGUAGAGCAAUAUUUGAUGCAUGUUGUUUAUUGGUUUAACUGAACCUGAUAGCCGCGGUCGAGGCUUUCCGACGGAGGGGGAACGGCAGCAGUGCAAGAAGCAGUGCCAUAGGCUGAAGGGGGGGGGGGGGGGGGGGUUUGUAGGGGAACUUGGAAUCCAGGUUUUGUAACCGGUUGGAUGACUCCAGACAAAGUCUGAGAUUCACGUGAUGGUGAAAUGGUGCUUUCCAUUCCAGUGCAUACAGUGUUUCUUAAUUUUGCUUUUCCACACGAUUUUCAGAAGUUCAAUAUUACAAAAUAGCAUUGUAUUGCGUCGGCCUCGCAUCUCUCCAACGGUUGGGAGGUUUGACUGGAUAUGUUGCGCUCAAGAAACUCCAAUUAUGCAGGACACGCACCCUCACACUCACUGAAGCACACGCUCACAAGACAAAGUCCUUAUGGCCGUGUUCAGUGCAACCUUUAGAACUGUUGCUUUGAACCGUUGCUUUUAGAUAACGGAUGACUAACACACUGCCACUGUGAGGGGCCAUACACGUGGCCCCGUCAGGAUCUACCCCACUUUCCUUCGCUGCUGUCAAUGACACGGGUUACCAUGUGAAAGGUCAUUUGACACACACAGUACACACACCUGGGACCUUUUCUCAUCACCGUUCUUAACAGGCAAUUAUGCAUAUUCCUCUCUGCCUAUAUUCCAGUGUGGGGAGUUGUAGUGUAAAGGUUUUGCUUUCUGGCGUCGUACCGAUUAACCCACACAGGCAAACCCGUGUCCAAACCUGUUGAAUGUUGCCUUCGCCGAAUGAUGGUUGUUGACUCGUCCAUGUUGUUGUUUUUUAUAUUCUCUGAUAACUUGCUCAGUUUUAAGCUCAUGUAGAUAUACUGUUGUUAGCACAUGAUAGGAAAUGUCAGGAUAAAAAGCAGUGGACAUAAAACUUCUAAUAUUUGGAAUACUUGUAACGAUAAGCAUACAAUGUUAUCAAGUCAGCUUCAGAAAUUACAUUAAUUGAUGUAAUAGCCGAUGGUGUGAAUGUUAUUUGUUUAAAAUAAGCAUAAAGGGUCGACCAGUUCGCCGUGUGUUUGAGUUGCGUGGCUGGUGGCCCUUCGCCCAGUCUGAUGGGGCGAUCAGAUGUGUGUCUGUCAGAGCGACAUUGAGCUCUGUGCGUCAGUGUGUGUGUUUGUGUGAGUGUGUGAGCGAGCAUAUGUGUGCAUGCAUUUUCACUCCCAGUCCGUCUGGCUGGCUGUCCCCAGUGCUCUUCUACCAAAAGCUGCUUUGACAGUGUGCCCCAGUAUAUUUGUGUGUGUGUGUGUGUGUUUGGGGAUACCUGAGACGGACAACAGCAGUACUUUUAACGUGAUCCUCUUUCUACCACUCUCACUGUCUUCAGUCUGAAAUGGUUCCGCUCAAUAGUUUAGGAAGCCCCCUUUUUGAUUUAGAGACCUGCAAUUAUCCUGCCAUUUCUAUGGGUCUUAAUCCGGCCGUAUUAUUUGCUUCUCAUCCGCUCCCCUCGGGUUCACUGCUGUGCUUCAGCAUUGUGCCAGAAUGGAUCUUUGUUUUUGUUUUUGUAAUCCUUUUCAUUUGUGUGUGUGUGUAUUCUCUGCACUUUACUGCUGCGCGGGUGAGGCACAGGGAAGGGAGGGGCUGACGAUGCAUUGUGGAUGGAACGGAGUGCAGUUGCGGCUGCAUGAAUAAGGGUGGAGGUGAUUAUUUUGAGUAUGUUUUUAGGCAAGGAAAGGAGGAGAAUCCCCGGGUGGAGGUGGUGGGUGUGGAAGGGACCCUCGCGAACGAAGGACAUGUCUUUUAGUAUGCGCAGACAUUUAAGUUCCUAUUGCUUCUUUCUUUUCCUUUAAAGAAAUACAGUCGUGCUCCGCGCGUUCCGCCCCUGACCACGACCGUCCUGCUUCGGGGACGUCACGCGAGCCCCGCCGAGCAUUCAUUCUUUAUGUUUGUUUCUGGAGUUUCUUUCCACCAUGUUUUGUCUUUCCACCGGGUCAAAUGAUUCUCCUCCUCCAUUAUUUGUUUUAUAGAAUGCACUUUCUACUAAAAUUCCUGGCUAGUUAAGAAAAAAUAACAUUGUAUAUUCUUUGAAGAUGUUUAAAAAAAAAUCAAUAUACCUUUUCCCCUUUGUAUUUUUAACCACUUAAUGUAGCAUUGCGUAUUUUAUUAUUGUAUCUGGUACAAAAUGUGCAGCUUUAUAAUGUCCUGGUUUGUCCUUUUUUGUAUGUUAUCUGGAGAUUGAGGAGAAGUGAAAAAGUUGGGCCUUUUUUUGAUAAUGUACAUUUAACUGACUGCUAACUUUGAGAAGUAAAAACAAGUAGCCAUGAU